AAUAGUUCGGUUUUCAUGGCUGCAAUGAUUCCUGUACUUGGGUAAUCAACCCGGAAAGGCAAGCGUUGCUGAUUCCAUGAAAGGAGGAAGUUUUUUGGAAUGAAGUGACUCGAGGAAGUAAGAAUGGGGAUUGGACUCGAGAUGGAAAGAGGAAGUAACUGCCUACAGCUCAUUCUCUCAACCAGCAUCGAGUGUCCAAAGCAAUUAAAAUUUUCAACAUGCGUUUGCGGAUCUGAAAUAGUGUGGGCUAUUUUUCUUUUAAAACACACUGUCUGGGGUAUUGCUGAUCGUGCGGUGCUGUUUCUCCAGUGCCCUUUUUAUGUUAAGAUACGCAUAGUUGUUCUGUAUUUUAAUUCGCAUCAAAAACGGACCCGUCAUUAAUUAACUUUUAAAAUAAUCAGUUCAGCCUGUGACAGUGACAAGUGAAUUCAAGGAAACAAGGCCGCACAGAGGAAGGAUCAUAACUGAGAAGAUCAAAGGAACAGUUGUAGCACAUAAUAAUUUACAACUAAUAAAAUGGCUGAGAGGGUAAAUCAUCUAUCUUAUUUCUAUGGCAGCAUCACACGAGAUGAAGCAGAGGACUUUCUGAAGCAGGCUGGAAUGGCCAAUGGCCUCUACCUUUUGCGUCAGAGUCGCAACUACCUUGGGGGCUUUGCUUUGAGUGUGGCAUAUAAUGGAAAGUGCUAUCACUAUACAAUAGAAAGAGAAUUGAGUGGAAGUUAUCUCAUAUCUGGAGGAAAGUCCCAUAAGAGUCCAGUAGAUAUUGUUGAGUACCAUACUGAAGAGACUGAUGGUCUUGUCUGUCUUCUGAAAAGACCAUGCAAUCGACCAAGAGGAAUUGAACCAAAAAUUGGGCCAUUUGAAGACCUGAAAGACCAUCUAAUCAGGGAAUAUGUUCAACAAACGUGGAACCUACAGGGAGAUGCUCUUGAACAGGCAAUUAUUAGCCAGAAACCACAACUAGAGAAAUUAAUUGCAACAACAGCCCAUGAGCGAAUGCCCUGGUUUCACGGGAAGAAAUCUCGAGAUGAUGCUGAACGUUGCAUUCUCAGAGGUUCACGGACUAAUGGAAAAUUUUUAAUAAGAGAUCGUGAUGACAAGGGAUCUUAUGCUCUUUGCUUGAUUCACGAGGGUAAAAUAUAUCAUUACCGUAUUGACAGGGACAAAACUGGGAAACUGUCCAUUCCUGAUGGGAAAAAAUUUGACACCCUCUGGCAGAUGGUUGACCAUUACUGCUACAAAUCUGAUGGUCUUCUUCAAGUUCUCACUGAACCAUGUCCAAAUCCUGAUCAUCCAGUCGAUUCUUUUGGAUUAACACAAGCACCACCAAUUCCAAGUCACCAUCCUCAGCAAGAAGGCAAAGGUGGAAUAAUCUCAAGGAUCAAAUCCUCAUCAUUUCCAAAGUCUGGUUCCAAAAAGAAGUCAAGCAUGGCUGAUCGUUCUUUUAGUGCAGCAAAUCUUAAUCCGUACAUGACUAGGCCUAAUAGACAGAGUAAAGGAGCAGAAGCAGGUACUCAAAGAGAUGCCAUGCCUAUGGAUACUAAUGUCUAUGAAAGCCCAUAUGCUGACCCUGAUGAGCUGCAGGAAAAAACACUGUAUUUGAAAAAUGAUUGCCUUAUACUGGAAGAAAAGGAACUUGGGUCUGGUAACUUUGGUACAGUCAAGAAAGGAGUUUAUAAAAUGAGGAAGAAAAAUAUAAGUGUAGCAAUAAAAGUGUUGAAGAGUGAUGAUCCUGCAGUAAAAGAUGAACUGAUGAAGGAAGCAAACUUCAUGCAUCAACUUGAUAACCCUUACAUCGUCCGCAUGAUUGGCAUAUGUGAAAGGGAGUGUUUGAUGCUAGUGAUGGAACUUGCAGAACAAGGCCAACUUAACAAAUUUCUACAGGCUCACAAAGAUGUUACCAUAAACAAUAUAGUUGAAUUAGUACAUCAAGUGUCCAUGGGCAUGAAGUACUUGGAAGAGAAAAAUUAUGUUCACAGGGAUUUGGCCGCAAGGAAUGUUCUUCUUGUAACUCAGCAUUACGCUAAAAUCAGUGAUUUUGGCCUUUCAAAAGCCAUAAACUCUGAGGAGAAUUACUACAAAGCUAAAAGUACAGGCAAAUGGCCAAUAAAGUGGUAUGCACCAGAAUCCAUUAACUUCUUCAAGUUUUCCAGCAAAAGUGAUGUCUGGAGUUUUGGUGUGAUGAUGUGGGAGGCAUUUUCCUAUGGUCUAAAGCCCUACAAGGGAAUGAAAGGCCAAGAGGUUGUACAAAUGAUUGAAUCAAAUAAACGACUGGAUGCUCCAAUAAGAUGUCCUAUUGAAAUGCAUGAAUUGAUGCGCGAAUGUUGGACCUACAAAGCUAGCGAUCGGCCAGGAUUUGUCACUGUGGAGCACAGGCUGCGUGAAUACUACUACACUGUUUCAAAGGAAUAGAAUGUUUAGAUUCAAAGAGAAACAUUUAACCAGCAUUUUUUUAAAAAAGGAUUUUUUCUGCUAGUUAUAUGCAAAUUAUACUCAUGAUUAACAUGAAAAUGCCUCAUUACAUUAUCUACAUAAAUUAAAAACCAUCAAAGUCCUUAGGUGUAAAAAGAGUGAAAUACCUUGGUUAUGCCUGAAGGCUAAGGAAUUUGCUACAAACUGGUUAUUCAAAGAUUCUCCCUAUUUGAUGUUACCCUUCAAAUUCCAAUUAGUAGAACCACUUAUCAAGGGAAACAUUUAGGUUGGAUGAUUUCCACAGGUUAGAUUAUACCAGCUCUUUGGAGAUGUGCUGGGGCUUGGGAGAAUCGUGGUAAAUGGCAUUUGGGAUUUGGUAAGGAAAGGGUAUCUCCUGCUUUCUAACCAAUGCAGAAUAUUUCAAUGGACAAGAAAUGCGGCAGAGACUCUUUUUUCGAAUCAACUUAUUUUGAGAUUUUAUUACACAACUUUGGAGCAGCUGAGAUUUGAACCUGGGUCUCCUGGCUCAGAGGUAGCAACAUUACCACUGGCACCACAACACCCACUGCAAACCACAAUGGAAUGGUUUCUGCCAACCAGAAGCAUCUUAGGAGCACAAAAGCUGACGUUUCGGACCUAGA